UUUUUAAUGUCUGAACCUUAGGGCAGUUUUUUCUCUUCUUCCGUAUCAUUUCCCAAGUCCACCAAACACUAGUUGGAAUUACUCCCUGUUUGCAUAGAAACAGCACGAAAAUCAGAGACCCCGAAAGAAAUUAGCGCCUGUUCUUUGGUGGGUAUUUUUAAAUUUUCCUUCUUUGGGCGGUAAAUCGAUAUGAAUGGCGAGGGGAACAGAGGCGAAGAAGAGAUCGUGAAAAUGGAAGAGGAUGUCAAGGAGCAGAAGCUUGUGUAUAUGUGGGGGUAUCUUCCUGGAGCUUUGCCGCAGAGGUCCCCGUUGCUGUCUCCUGUGGCAGUUCGGCUUCCAGGUAAGGAUGGCACUGAUGGGCACGCUUGGAAGGAUGUUUGCGGUGGAGGUUGCGGGUUCGCCAUGGCCAUUUCUGCAUCUGGAAAACUCAUAACAUGGGGCUCAACAGAUGAUCUUGGUCAAAGCUAUGUGACGUCUGGGAAGCAUGGGGAAACUCCAGAGCCUUUUCCUCUUCCAAACGAAACUUCUAUAGUAAAAGCAGCCGCAGGUUGGGCCCAUUGUGCUGCCAUUACAGAUAGAGGAGAAGUCUACACAUGGGGAUGGAAAGAAUGUGUUCCUUCUGGAAAGAUCUUUGGUGAUCUGUCUGUUGGGAUUGGCUAUGAAAGGGAUGUAUUAGAGAGGCAGUCAGCGUCCGUGAUAGAUCAAUUGAGCCCUCACUUACAAGCUUCACGAUCUACUGGUGCUUUUUUUUCCAAUAUUGAAGCUAGAGGUGGUGGCACAGAAAGUUCAAAGAGGAGAAGGGUUUCAUCAGCAAAACUUGCAGAUGAAAGUUCGUCAGCAAGUGAUGACACUCUCUCUGCACUUCCCUGUCUUGUUACUCUUAAUCCUGGUGUAAGAAUAGCCUCUGUUUCUGCAGGAGGACGUCAUACCCUCGCAUUGUCAGUUUCAGAUAUGGGACAAGUCUGGGGUUGGGGCUAUGGUGGAGAAGGACAGCUAGGUUUGGGCUCCCACAUACGUAUGGUUUCCUCUCCACAUCCUAUACCUUGCAUUGAGUCGUCUUCUUUUGGAAAAGAUAGACCUACAGCUCUCGCUCGAGGAAGUGCAAGCUUAGAGGGUCAGGGUAGUAGAAUUCCUGGAAGCUAUGUGAAGGGAAUUGCUUGUGGAGGGCGUCAUAGUGCAGUAGUUACAGAUGCAGGGGCACUGCUAACGUUUGGUUGGGGACUGUACGGACAGUGUGGGCAAGGAUGUACAGAUGACGAGUUAAGUCCAACAUGUGUAUCCUCAUUACUCGGUAUCCAGAUCGAGAGUGUCGCUGCUGGACUGUGGCACACGGUCUGUAUAUCCUCCAACGGUGAUGUAUAUUCAUUUGGCGGUAAUCAAUUCGGGCAGUUAGGAACGGGUGGUGAUCAAUCUGAGACACUUCCAAGACUUGUAGACGCACCAAGUGUGGAAAAUGUAAAUGCAAAGGUUGUAUCAUGUGGGGCUCGUCAUAGUGCUAUAGUAUCAGAGGAUGGGAAAGUAUUCUGCUGGGGAUGGAACAAGUAUGGCCAGCUAGGUUUGGGCGACGUAAUCGACCGUAACAUUCCCGUCGAAGUCCCAAUGGAGAAUUGCACUCCGAAAAACGUUUCCUGUGGAUGGUGGCACACCCUUCUUUUGGCCGAAUCGCCCACAUAAAUUCGUAGCCUCUGCAAAAUUUUGUUAGUUAGCUGCUGCUGCUGCUCCUUUCAAAAUGGUAGGUUCAUUUGUAAAUGCAUAGACAAUAGCUUUCAUCCAUAUGGCAUGUACAUUCAUGUAUCUACUCAUUCAUUCUUUAAUGGUUAGAGAGUAUUAGGAAGAAAUCCUAUAUUAUAAAUCCUGAUAUCUGUUCAUAAUUUAGAACUAGAAGAAAGAGCUUCACUUUCUCUAGGAUUCAACUGUUUUAGCUCUUAAAAAUGGUGUAUUUCUGUUCAAAAGUGAUAGAUAACUUCAACCGGUGAUUUGAAGAA